AUGAAAAAUCACUAAUAAGACUUGGUAAACAACAAGAAAUCGCUUUAAAAGAAUUAAGGAAUUCUAGUAAAGAGGGCGGUAGCUGGCUUAAUGAGGUAAUAUCUCAUUUCUCUAUUGACAAGAUUGCUCAAUAUAUUCUUCCAUGCUAUGGGAUAACAAGAAACCCUGAAAAUGGAGAUUUUAU